CGAGACGCCCGGAGCGGCCGCCGCGGCCCCUUCGCCGGCCGCCCGUCCGGAGCGAGCCGGGGGUGAGGGAUGCCGCGCCCGGCCGGGGGCUGAGCGUCCACCUGGCCGCCGCACCCCCGGAGCCAAGACCGCCGCCCGGCGCGUGAGAGGCGGAGCCCGGCAGAGCAUGGAGAUGGGGAACCAGCACCCGUCCCUCAGCCGGCUGCAGGAGAUCCAGAAGGAGGUCAAGAGCGUGGAGCCGCAGGUGCUGGGCUUCAGCGGCCUGCUGGACGACAAGAACUACCGCCGGCUGGAGCGCCUGCUCACCAGACAGCUCUUCGAGAUCGACUCGGUGGACACGGAGGGCAAGGGGGACCUGCAGCAGGCCAGGAAGAGGGCGGCCCAGGAGACGGAGCGGCUGCUCAAGGAGCUGGAGCAGAACGCCACGCACCCGCGCCGGCUGGAAAUCCACAACAUCUUCCAGGAGGCGCAGGCCCUGGCGCGGGACAAGAUCGUGCCCUUCUACAGCGGGGCCGGCAGCGUGCCCGACGAGCUGGAGGAGAGCCUGCAGGACGUGGUGCUGAGGCUGACCCACGUCAAGACGGGCGGCAAGGUGUCCCUGCGCAAGGCCCGGCACCGCGCCCUCAGCAGGAUCUGCGCCGUGCAGGAGAUGGUGGAGGACUGCCUGCGCAAGCAGCCCUCGCUGCCGCUGUCGGAGGACGCGCACCCGUCCGUGGCCAAGGUCAACGCCGUGAUGUGCACCGCCAGCAAGGCCCGCGGCACGGUGAUCGCGCUCCUCAUGGGCGUGUGCAGCGACGAGACGUGCCGGCACCUGUCGUGCGUGCUGUCGGGGCUGGUGGCCGACCUGGACGCCCUGGACGUGUGCGGGCACCCCGACAUCAGGAACUACCGCAGGGAGGUGGUGGAGGACAUCAACAAGCUGCUCAAGUACCUGGACUUGGAGGAGGAGGCCGACUCGACCCACGCCUUCGACCUGGGGCAGAACCACUCCAUCCUCAAGAUCGAGACGGUGCUCAAGAGAAUGCGGGAGGUCAGAAACGAGGUGCUGCAGGCGCAGAGCCCGGCCGAGCUCUACCUGAGCUCCAAGACGGAGCUGCAGGGCCUGAUCGGACAGCUGGACGAGGUGAGCCUGGAGAAGAACCCCUGCAUCCGGGAGGCCCGGCGGAGGGCGGUCAUCGAGGUGCAGACUCUCAUCACCUACAUCGACCUCAGGGAGGCCCUGGAGAAGAGGAAGACGCUCCAGGCCGACGAGCACCCGUCGCACGCCGCCGUCUGGAGCGUCCUGGGCAGCCUGUCGGAGAUCCAGGGCGAGGUGCUGUCCUUCGACGGGAACCGGUCCGACAAGAACUACAUCCGGCUGGAGGAGCUGCUCACCAAACAGCUGCUGGCCCUGGACGCCGUGGACCCGCAGGGCGAGGAGCGUUGCAAGGCCGCCCGCAAGCAGGCGGUGAAACUGGCCCAGAACAUCCUCAACUACCUGGACCUCAAGUCUGACGAGUGGGAAUACUAGGCUUGGGCAGUCCACGCGUGGCGCCUGCCAGCCGUGUCCAGGUGUCUGUGCAGAGCUUGUGGAGCCCAAACGUGAUUUGUGCGUGCAUAUUUCAAUCUCAGUAUUUAUGAUUUGAGCAAAUUAUAUUCAGUACCUCUGCUGCCUUUGAUGUCACAAAAGCCGUGUCCUUGCUGCCGGCUCACGUCGCCUACCAGGCCGUCCUCUGUGUGAUGUGGCAUGGCUCGUGAGGACGGUGGGCCUGCAUUUCUAAUCAGGAAAUAAGGGUAGCUUUUGUAACUUUCCAGGUGGGGUGAACAGGCACGUUUAAGAGUCUAGAAGUAGACAUGACUUCACGUGCCAGCAGACUCAUGAGAAAGGGGCUGAGGGCUUGGUUCAGCGCGAGUGACAGCCAGGCACAGCAGCUAGGAUGCUUUGUGCUGGACGAAGCGGGGAGGCUUGUCUGCUGCCCCCGUGCCGGCGUGCAGACGGGCUUUCUGCAACCCUUCCUGGCCGACGCUCGUGCCCAGCACGGUGGGUGGGGUUUCUGUGCACGGCGUGCGGAGCUGAUGACCACAGCCAGCACGUCCCUUCAGGUGGUGUGUUUUCCAAAGGCUGAACUUGACGUUUUCUCUGGAGACAAGCAAAGACAAGGGCACGUAGGCAAGGCUGAGGGGCCUCUGUAAGAAGCGGAGACACCUGUCCUGCAUGGAGAGGGCCGGGGCCACUCCAGGCCCUGGUGGAGCGCUCUGGGGCUGUUCAGGGCCAGCUGACGCCUUGGCUCAGGUCCCUGACUCCUGAGGCCGGGGUCGUUGCCGGGUCACACGCACAAACACCCCCAAGUCCUGGGAGCUGUCUCCGCUGGGAAGGCGCUUUCCCGUUGGAGCGCAGGGCUUACACUAAGUACCUUACCUUUCCGACUCCCUUGGUAACUUUGUGCAGGGAAACGCCUUAAACACCUCACGGUAGCAGAGGGCACAGGUUCCCGGACCUGAAAGCGCGAGGCCCGGCCACGCCCUGGCUCUUCUUGGUGUUGCCCGGCGGGCUUCCUAUGGGAACUGCCGUGGGACCUGGGCACCGGGCGGGCCCGAGGGUCGCGAGCCCCUCCCAUGCAAGACCCCUGUGACUCCCGCUGACCACCUGGGGGCCCUGGGCUGCCUCAACCUGCAGAGAGCUCCUAGGAUGUGAUGGGAGCUGAGGCCCAGCGCUGGGGGGUCCCCUGCCCCCCUUAAGUCAGAGCUGGGCGUGGGCGUUGUGUCCUGCUUCCUUGUGGCCGAUGGUCCCACCCCAUAGCGGUGGCCACCCUCCUCGACCGGACGCUUCUGUACUGUCAGGGUCCCCGUUCACGCUUGCCCUGGCUCAGCCACGAGCUGACCGAGGCCAUGGGUCACAGUCACCCUGCGGGCGGUCACCACGCAGGCCAUCACCACGCGGGCAGUCACCCUGCGGUGGUCACCCUGCGGGCGGUCACCACGCGGGCGGUCACCCUGCGGGCAGUCACCCUGCGGGCGGUCACCACGCGGGCAGUCACCCUGCGGGCGGUCACCACGCGGGCAGUCACCCUGCGGGCGGUCACCACGCGGGCGGUCACCACGCGGGCAGUCACCCUGCGGGCGGCCCCAUGUGUCCUCUAACCUGAUUGACUGCACUUGCCUAGCAGUUCGCGCCUUGUGGGUAUGGGGGUCUCUGAGCGAAGCUUUGGCCGCUGGCUCCGCGGAAGGAUGGAGCUGGGCUGCCGGACGACGGGCCCUCGUGUGGCGUUGUGUCCGUGUGCCCGAAGUCACUCUCUAUUUUGAGGUUACUUAGCAAGUAUUGUGUCCUUCGUGA